UGGAACACAAAGUCAUCACUCUGAUAAAGAAUGAGCUGAAGAGGUUUAGGAAGCUCCUGAGUCCAGAUUACCCAGCAUGCACUGAGAGGGAGGAGGGGGAUGAGGAGGAUCUGCACAAUGUCAGAGAGGGAGCGCUGAAGAUCACACUGCACGUCCUGAAGAACAUGAACCACACAGAUCUCGCUAACACACUGCACAACAAGUCUGUGGCCUCUGUGUAUCAGCCAAAGCUGAAAUCCAGCCUGAGAGAGAAGUUUAAAAGAAUUAAUGAAGGAAUAUCACAGCAUGGAAGCUCAGCACUUCUGAAUGAGAUCUAUACAGAUCUCUACAUCACAGAGGGUUGGAGUGGACACGUCAAUAAUGAACAUGAGGUGAGACAGAUUGAGACAGCGUCCAGGAGACCAGCAACACAGGAGACACCCAUCAAAUGUAACGAGCUCUUUAAAGACAAGUCCAUCAGAAGAGUGCUGACUAAAGGAGUUGCUGGAAUUGGAAAAACAGUCUCUGUGCAGAAGUUCAUUCUGGACUGGGCUGAAGGAAAAGCAAAUCAGGACGUCACCUUCAUGUUUCCACUUCCCUUUCGAGAGCUGAAUCUGAUGAAGCAGAGAAAUCUCAGUCUGAUGGAGCUGCUUCAUCACUUUUUCCCAGAAAUGAGAAAACUAGAAUUAUUAGACUCCUACACAGUGGUGUUGAUCUUUGAUGGUUUAGAUGAGUGUCGACUUCCUCUAAAUUUCCAGAAGAAUGAGAGAUUGUGUGAUGUUACAGAGUCAGCCUCGGUGGAUGUGCUGCUAACAAACCUCAUCAAAGGGAAUCUGCUUCCCUCUGCUCUCCUCUGGAUAACCUCUCGACCAGGAGCAGCCAAUCAGAUCCCUCCUGAGUGUGUAGACCAGGUAACAGAGGUACGAGGCUUCAGUGAUCCUCAGAAAGAGGAGUACUUCAGGAAGAGGAUCAGUGAUCAGAGCCUGGCCAAUAAAAUCAUCACACGCAUGAAGUCUUCAAGAAGCCUCUACAUCAUGUGCCACAUCCCAGUCUUCUGCUGGAUCUCAGCCACUGUUCUAGAGAGAAUGUUGGGUGGAGCAGAGAGUGGAGAGGUCCCCAAGACUCUGACUCAAAUGUUCACACACUUCCUGAUCUUUCAGAUCAAACACAAGGACCAAAAGUACCAUCAGAAAUGUGACCCUGAUCCUCAGCAGACCAGAGAGAGUAUCCUGGCACUGGGGAAACUGGCUUUCCAACAGCUGGAGAAAGGAAACCUGAUCUUCUAUGAGGAAGACCUGAGAGAGUGUGGCAUUGAUGUUGGAGAAGUUGCAGUGUACUCAGGAGUGUGUACCCAAAUCUUCAGAGAGGAGUUUGGGCUUCACUUGGGGAAGGUGUUCAGCUUUGUACAUCUGAGUGUUCAGGAGUUUCUGGCUGCUUUAUACGCAUUUCUCUCCUUCAUCACAAGAAAUGUAACAGAACAAAAAACCACUGAUCUGUCUGAUCUUUCCAGAAAGUCAGACAUGUCUGAUUUCCUCAGGAGUGCAGUGGACAAGGCCUUACAGAGUGAGAAUGGACAGCUGGACCUGUUCCUCCGCUUCCUUCUGGGUCUCUCACUGGAGUCCAAUCAGGCUCUCUUACGAGGCUUAAUGCCCCAGACAGGAAGCAGCUCUCACAGCAAACAGGAAACAGUCGAGUACAUCAAGGAGAAGAUCAGGGAGAAUCCAUCUCCAGAGAAAUCCAUCAAUCUGUUCCACUGUCUGAAUGAACUGAAUGAUCAUUCUCUAGUGCAGGAAGUACAGACUUACCUGAACAGAGAAGAGAACUUUUGUCUCAGGGGAACCAGACUCUCUCCUGCUCAGUGGUCAGCUCUGGUGUUUGUGUUACUGAACUCAGAUCAGGAGCUGGAUGAGUUUGAUUUGAGGAAAUAUGACCGAUCAGAGGAAUGUUUUCUGAAGCUGCUGCCAGUGGUCAAAGCCUCCAGAAAAGCUGAGCUGUGGAGGUGUAAUCUGACAGAGGAAAGCUGUAGAGUUCUGUCCUCAGUUCUGAGCUCAAACUCCUCCAGACUGAGAGAACUGGACCUGAGUCACAAUAACCUGCAGGAUUCAGGAGUGAAGCUGCUCUCUGCUGGACUGGAGAAUUCACACUGUACACUGGAGAUACAGAGGCUGCGGAGGUGUAAUCUGACAGAGGAAAGCUGUAGAGUUCUGUCCUCAGUUCUCAGCUCAAACUCCUCCAGACUGAGAGAACUGAACCUGAGUUACAAUAACCUGCAGGAUUCAGGAGUGAAGCUGCUCUCUGCUGGACUGGAGAAUCCACACUGUACACUGGAGACACUGAGUCUGUGUUGGUGUAAUCUGACAGAGGAAAGCUGUAGAGUUCUGUCCUCAGUUCUCAGCUCAAACUCCUCCAGACUGAGAGAACUGAACCUGAGUAACAAUAAACUGCAGGAUUCAGGAGUGAAGCUGCUCUCUGCUGGACUGGAGAAUCCACACUGUACACUGGAGAUACUGAGCAUGUAUAACUGCAGUAUUACAGAUGAUGGUUGUGCUGCUCUGGCUUCAGCUCUGAGGUCAAACUCAUCACACCUGAGAGAACUGGAUCUGAACUGUAAUAAUCCAGGAGAAUCAGGAGUGAAGCGGCUCUCUGAUCUACUGAAAGAUCCACACUGUAAACUGGAGACAUUAUAGUGAGUUACUGACUUACUGUCUCUUUACUCUACUCUACUGUAUCAUACUGAAUAAUGUGUGUGUGUGUGUGUGUGUGUGUGUGUGUGUGUGUGUGUGUGUGUGUGUGUGUGUCUCUGUGUGUGUGUGUGUGUGUGUGUGUGUGUGUGUGUUGGUGUUUAUGCUGAUGAUGUGUGUUUACACUGAUGCUCUUCUGUCUUUCAGCAUUAAGGAUAAUAAACUCACCAGGACAGGCGUAUGACAGGA